AUGAAAGGGAGGAAAAUGAGAAAGAAGUUGAAAUCCGAUAAACUCAGAGACAAUACAAGAGCUGCUGCUGUUGUGAAGAGUGCAAAUUUUGAGCAAGAAACCUGGGCCGAUCUCUCUGUUGAACUCUUAGAGUUGAUCUUCUCCCGUUUGGUUGUCGCGGAUAACAUUCGUGCUUCUAUUGUUUGCAAGACAUGGAAUUCAGUUGCCACUUGUGUACGUCCAGUGAACCAAUCACCCUGGCUUAUGUAUUUCCCAAAAAAUGAUAACCGUUAUGACUUCUAUCACCCUGUGCUGCGAAAAACCUAUUCCCUCGAGUUUCCAGAGUUGGAUGGAUGUCAUGUUUUAUAUACAAAAGAUGGUUGGCUAUUGGUAUGUUGUGGGCGGUGGUGGCCUGAUGGUCACCCGUUUUAUUUCUUUAAUCCCUUUACUAGGGAGCUGAUCAAGCUACCUAGACUGUAUGAUACGAAUCAUAUUGCCGCCUUCUCUUGUGCUCCGACAUUAACUGAAUGUGUUAUAUUUACUCUUAAAAAUGUUAGUUCUACUAUUGUAGCUAUUAGCACAUGUUAUCCUGGGGCAAACAAAUGGACAACUGUUCAUCUCCGAAACUGCUCUCAUUUUUCCUGUUGCAUAAUCACUAAGGUUGUCUUCUCUAAUGGGUUAUUUUAUUGUCUGAGUCGUAAAGGUUUUCUAGGGGUGUUUGACCCUGUUGAAUGUACUUGGACUGUUCUAGAAGUAUCUCCUCCCAGAAGUCUAAAGAGUUUUGUUGCCAGACGAGGGCGGAAAGGGAAAUUUAUGACAGAGCAUGAAGGAAAUAUAUUCGUAAUUCAUGUAUUUUGUCCUGAGGGCCCAAUUAUUUUCAAGUUAGAUCAGACACUAAUGGAAUGGAAAGAGGUGAGAACUCUAGACGGCGUGACAGUUUUUGCUAGUUUUUUGUCAUCUCAUUCUAAGACUUACGUCACUGAAAUAAUGAGAAACAGCGUCUACUUCUCUAAAGUCCGUUUCUAUGGAAAGCGUUGCAUAUCGUUCUCUCUUGAUGACCAUAGAUAUUAUCCCAAUAAGCUGUGUCAUGAUUGGAUAGAACCAGAUGCUUUUGAGAGCAUAUGGAUUGAACCACCUAAAGAAUUUGUUGGCUGGAUGUAA